GGGAGGGGAAGCGCGCGCGGGAGAGAGGGAGUGAAGGAGGGAGUGCGCGUGCGCAGAGCCGGGCGAGAAUGAGGGAGGGAAGCAAGAAAAGGAAGGAAGGAAGGCAAAGAAGGAAGGAAGGAAGGGAAAAGCUGCUGAGAUCUCUCAGGGAGGAACAUAAUUUAAAUGUGUAAUGUUGCUGCUAAGAAGAUUUUGUAAAGUUUAACAGACUCCUUACAUCAUUUUUUGUAAGGAAACAUGGACAACCCAAUAUUGGACACCUAAGUUUAUUACAAACAUGACGAUCCUUGAAGAACUAAAAUCAAUUUUACAAGUUUGGAGAUAAAAUUUUAGUGUGUAGAAGCACUUUUAAGAAUGAACACUACACCCAGUUGUGUUGGUACAUACAGAAGGAUGAGAAGAACACUAUGAUGGCAAAGAAUAAAGAGCCUCGUCCCCCAUCCUAUGCUAUUAGUGUGGUUGGACUUUCUGGAACUGAAAAAGACAAGGGGAACUGUGGAGUUGGGAAGUCGUGUUUGUGCAAUAGGUUUGUGCGUUCAAAAGCAGAUGAAUAUUACCCUGAACAUACCUCUGUGCUUAGCACAAUUGACUUUGGUGGACGAGUUGUUAAUAAUGAUCACUUUUUGUACUGGGGUGACGUAAUACAAUGUGGAGAGGAUGGAGUAGAUUGCAAAAUUCAUGUUAUUGAACAGACUGAGUUCAUUGAUGAUCAGACUUUCCUGCCUCAUCGGAGUACGAACUUACAACCUUACAUAAAACGUGCAGCUGCAACCAAAUUGCAGUCAGCAGAAAAACUUAUGUAUAUUUGCACAGAUCAGCUUGGGUUAGAGCAAGACUUUGAGCAAAAGCAAAUGCCCGAAGGAAAGCUAAGUAUUGAUGGAUUCUUAUUAUGCAUUGAUGUAAGUCAAGGAUGCAAUAGGAAGUUUGAUGACCAACUUAAAUUUGUAAAUAAUCUCUAUAUUCAGCUAUCAAAAUCUAAAAAGCCUAUAAUAAUAGCAGCAACUAAAUGUGAUGAAUGUGUGGAACAUUAUUUACGAGAAGUUCAAGCAUUUGCUUCAAAUAAAAAGAACCUUCUGGUAGUUGAAACAUCAGCAAGAUUCAAUGUCAAUGUAGAAACAUGUUUUACUGCACUGGUACAAAUGAUGGAUAAAACCCGUGGUAAACCUAAAAUAAUUCCCUAUCUGGAUGCCUAUAAAACACAGAGACAGCUUGUUGUGACUUCAACAGAUAAAUUUGAGAAACUUGUACAGACUGUGAGAGACUAUCAUGCCACUUGGAAAACAGUUAGCAACAAACUGAAAAAUCAUCCAGAUUAUGAAGAAUACAUUAAUUUGGAGGGAACCAAAAAGGCCAAAAAUACAUUUUCAAAACACAUAGAGCAACUUAAACAAGAACAUAUAAGAAAAAGAAGAGAUGAAUAUAUUAAUACAUUACCAAGAGCUUUUAACACACUUCUGUCAAACCUUGAUGAGAUUGAGCAUUUGAGUUGGUCUGAAGCUUUGAAACUUAUGGAGAAAAGGCAAGAUUUUCAACUAUGUUUUGUCGUGCUGGAAAAAACCCCAUGGGAUGAAACUGACCAUAUCGAUAAAGUGAAUGACAGAAGAAUCCCAUUUGACCUUUUGAACACAGUAGAAGCAGAAAAAGUGUAUCAAAAUCACGUACAGCAUCUAAUAUCAGAAAAAAGGAGAGUUGAAAUGAAGGAGAAGUUCAAAAAAACACUUGAAAAAAUACAAUUCAUUUCUCCUGGUCAGCCAUGGGAAGAAGUUAUGUGUUUUGUAAUGGAGGAUGAAGCUUUUAAAUAUAUUACAGAAGCAGAUAGUAGAGAAGUCUAUAGUAGGCAUCAACGAGAAAUAGUUGAAAAAGCCAAAGAGGAGUUUCAGGAAAUGCUUUUUGAACAUUCAGAACUGUUUUAUGACCUGGAUUUGAAUGCAACACCAAGUACUGAUAAAAUGAGUGAAAUUCAUGCAGUUUUGAGUGAAGAGCCUAGAUACAAAGCUUUACAGAAACUUGCACCUGAUAGAGAGUCUCUUCUUCUUAAACACAUUGGGUUUGUAUAUCAUCCUACUAAAGAAACAUGUCUCAGUGGCCAAAACUGUAUGGACAUUAAAGUAGAACAGUUACUUGCUGGCAGUCUUUUGCAAUUGGACCAUGGUCGUGUACAUUUUUAUCAUGAUAGUGCCAACAUUGAUAAAGUAAAUAUUUUCAUUUUGGGUAAAGAUGGACUUGCACAAGAGCUGGCAAAUGAGAUUCGGACACAAUCCACAGAUGAUGAAUAUGCCUUAGAUGGAAAAAUAUAUGAACUUGAUCUUAGACCGGUUGAUGCAAAGUCACCUUAUCUUUUAAGUCAGUUAUGGGCUUCUGCCUUCAAACCACAUGGGUGUUUCUGUGUGUUUAAUUCAAUUGAAUCACUUAAUUUUAUUGGAGAAUCAAUUGGAAAAAUCAGGGCUGAAGCAUCUCAGAUAAAAAGAGACAAGUAUAUGGCCAAUCUUCCAUUUACAUUAAUCCUGGCUAAUCAGAGAGAAAGUGUUAGCAAGAAUUUGCCAAUCCUGAGACAUCAAGGACAACAGUUGGCAAAUAAGUUGCAAUGUCCUUUUAUAGAUGUCCCUGCUGGUACUUACCCACGUAAAUUUAAUGAGACUCAAGUAAAACAAGCUUUGCGGGGAGUUCUGGAAGCCGUUAAACAUAACUUUGAUGUUGUAAGUCCUGUUCCUACAAUUAAAGACCUCUCAGAAGCUGAUUUAAGGAUUGUUAUGUGUGGCAUGUGUGGAGAUCCCUUCAGUGUAGAUCUUAUUCUUUCACCCUUCCUUGAUUCCCAUUCUUGUAGUGCAGCCCAAGCUGGCCAGAAUAAUUCGCUAAUGCUUGAUAAAAUUAUAGGUGAGAAACGGAGACGAAUUCAAAUAACAAUAUUAUCAUAUCAUUCUUCAAUUGGUGUAAGAAAGGAUGAACUUGUUCAUGGAUACAUAUUAGUUUACUCUGCCAAAAGAAAAGCAUCUAUGGGAAUGCUUCGAGCAUUUCUGUCAGAAGUGCAAGAUACAAUUCCUGUGCAGUUGGUGGCUGUUACUGACAGUCAAGCAGACUUUUUUGAGAAUGAAGCUAUCAAGGAAUUAAUGACUGAAGGUGAACAUAUAGCAACAGAGAUCACUGCUAAAUUCACAGCCCUAUAUUCUUUAUCUCAGUAUCACCGCCAAACUGAGGUUUUUACAUUGUUCUUCAGUGAUGUUUUAGACAAGAAAAAUAUGAUUGAAAAUUCCUAUAUGUCUGAUAACGCAAGAGAAGCAACACACACAAAUGAAGAUGUGUUUCUGCAUUCCCCCAGAGGGAGCUCUCUUGCUUACAAUUAUUAUCCAGAUUCAGAAGAUGAUACAGAAGCCCCACCUCCUUACAGCCCAAUUGGAGAUGAUGUACAGCUACUCCCGACACCCGAUCGCUCAAAAUACCGAUUAGAUUUGGAAGGUAAUGAAUAUCCUACUCAUAGUACACCUUUGAACUGUCAUGAUCAUGAACGCAACCAUAAAGUGCCUCCUCCCAUAAAACCGAAGCCAAUAGUGCCCAAGACAAAUGUGAAAAAACUAGAUCCAAACCUAGUAAAAACUAUUGAGGCAGGCAUUGGUAAAAACCCAAGGAAACAAUCUAGAAUGGCUUUGGCACCAACUGAUGAUCUUGAUCCGUCUGAUAAUUAUGCAGAACCAAUAGACACUGUUUUUAAGCACAGAGGUCUUACUGAUGAUAUCUACGUAAUUCCAGAUGAUAGUCAGAAUCGUGUGGUUAAAAUUCGAAAUUCAUUUAUUAUAAGUAAUGCCCAAGGAGAUGAAGAAAAUGGCUUUCCUGAUAGAAUGUCAAAGACCCAAGGUGAAAGACGACCUUCAAAAUACAAAUACAGAUCUAAAACGCUAUUCAGUAAAGCCAAAUCGUAUUAUAGGAGAGCACAUUCAGAUGCAAGUGAUGAUGAAGCUUUUACUACAUCUAAAACAAAAAGAAAAGGAAGACAUCGUGGUAGCGAAGAAGAUCCACUUCUCUCUCCUGCAGAAACAUGGAAAGCUGGUAUUGAUAAUCCUGCUAUUACAUCAGAUCAAGAAUUAGAUGAUAAAAAGACGAAGAAGAAGACCCAGAAGGUGAAAGAAGAUAAAAAACAAAAAAAGAAAACGAAGACAUUCAAUCCACCAACUCGUAGAAAUUGGGAUAGCAAUUACUUUGGGAUGCCCCUGCAGGAUUUGGUUACACCCGAAAAGCCUAUCCCAUUCUUUGUUGAGAAGUGUGUGGACUUCAUUGAAGACACAGGUCUUUGUACUGAAGGUCUCUAUCGUGUAAGUGGGAAUAAAACAGAUCAGGACAACAUUCAAAAGCAGUUUGAUCAAGAUCAUAAUAUCAGUCUAGAAUCAAUGGAUGUAACUGUAAAUGCUGUGGCAGGGGCUCUGAAAGCUUUCUUUGCAGAUCUACCAGAUCCUUUAAUUCCUUAUUCCCUCCAUCCAGAACUAGUUGAAGCAUCAAAAAUUCUUGAUAAGACUGAGAGGCUGUACGAAUUAAAAGAAAUUGUGAAAAAAUUCCAUCCCGUGAACUAUGAAGUCUUCAGAUACAUCAUAACACAUCUGAACAGGGUUAGUCAGCAAAGCAGAACCAAUUUUAUGACUGCAGACAACUUGUCUAUCUGUUUUUGGCCAACACUGAUGAGACCUGAUUUUGAAAACAGAGAGUUCUUAUCAACCACCAAGAUCCUUCAAUCUGUAAUAGAGACAUUCAUUCAACAGUGCCAGUUUUUCUUCUAUGGUGGAGAAAUUUUUGAACCCUUUGACAGUGUGGCACAUCAACCUCCACCUCCCAACCCAGUUCAGAUGGUGGAUCAAAUUUUACCACUACAGUUACCCCCACCUCUACAACCUCAACUGAUACAACCACAAUUGCAAGCAGAUCCUCUUGGCAUUAUUUAACUACAGCUUGAUAGUAAAGAGGAGGUUGUCGGCAGCUUGGCAUUGGAUAGAAAAGAAAAACUUCACAUGCAUGUUCCAAGAUACAAAGACAACUUUCAUAGUUAUGAAAGAAUUUGGAUCCAAACUCAGAUGUUUUUGUUCUAGUCAUACUUUACACCUUGUGCAUAAACACUGCAGUUCAACAUUGUGUGAUUAGCAUGACCGGAGAGGUUUAAUUUUUUAAAACAGAAAUAACUGAAGUGCAAAGCUGCUGUUGCAUGAACAUUUAUUGCAGUCACUAUCAUUCCUGUGACAGGUUGUCACAAUUUAUUGUGAAUAAAACUUUUCUAUAGAAAUGUAAUGAUUAAAUAAAUCAUGUACGGAACAUUCAAAGCUUACAGCCUGCUUUAGGGCUGUUUUUGUUAUUUAAUGCUCUUUAUUUCCUGAUAGUUUCAUUCCCCUUGCUGAGAACAGCCAAAAUACAGAUGUACCAUGUUUGUAAAUUCUGAAGCAGUUAUGCUACAUUACAGUUUCUUAUAACUGCACUGUUAUAAAUACUACACUUUCCAUUUCUCCUAAAGAAACCUGUGGACAUUUUUGUUUAAGGGGCUGGUAAAAUUACUUUUCCUUACAGCACAAUACCAAGGACAUGCUUAUUGUAAAAGUGAGUUUAACCAUUGUGCAGAAAUAUUAUUAUUACCUAUUUCCCCCUUAUUUUGCAUUAAUAAAUGAAAUGUUUUGUAAUACUGUUAAUUCUGUAAACAGUUGCAUGUUUGAAAGAUCAUUAAUGGUCUUGUAAACCCAAUCUAAUAUAUUUUAGAUAUUUUAAUUUUUCCCACGGGAAUUCAUCUAGUAUAUAGAAAAAAAGUUUGACAUUUUCAUAUAAGGGUAUAUAACUUUUCAUACAUAAAUGAGAACUUUGUUGUAGUGUAAACUUGCUAAACCAAACAAUCUAGGUCUUAAAAGUUAACAUAUACACUAUAUCUAUUUUUCUGUAGCCCCUUUAAAAGUAUAUAAAAAUCAUUGCUAAUAUAUAGCAAUAAAUACUUUGGGUACUGAAGCAUCAUGAUGUGUACAUAAAAUUACAUUUUUAUUCAUGUGGGUUCCCUGCCCCCUGGAUACUCUGUUGUACUAACCAUUCAAAAUCAUUAUGUUUGCACCAUUUUUAAAACCUUGGUACAUGUUUUGCUGUAAAAGAAUGCUGCUUAAGUUUUAAACAUUCUUGGUUAAUCUUAAUGUUUAGUAGCUGUGAUAGCAAGCUAGGAAUGAUAUGUUUUGGAAUGAACCUAAGAUACUGGGAAUAGACUCGGAAGUUGCCAUCUGUAACUGGAAGGGUUCCUUCCAUUCAUGGAAGGCUUUUGAUCCAACAGAGAGUCUCACUGUCUUAUUGAAGAAGGGAGAGCGAGAUAGCUUUUCUCAAUUUUCCUCUGCUGUCCUCAGAACCACCUCCACAAUCUGUAGCAAAAGUUUAGAAGGACAGCAGGAAAAGAUAAAAAAUUGCAAAAAUUGUCUCUCUCUCCCACAGUGAAAAUGGUUUGGAUCUAAGCAUUUAUGUUUCCUUGCUAUCCUUUUCCUUCAUAUUCAAAGUAUGUUUUUUUAAGAACCUGAUUUAUUCCAAUGCUGGGAUUCCAUGAGUGAUGAAAAACUUUGCCACUGUAAUCUUUCAUAGUUUGCUAAGUAUCAUAGCUAGUAGAACAGUUUGAAAUUCUACAUUUCUUCUAAAAGUUUAACCCACAAAGAUUUUUAAGAAUUAAGGUUCUUUAAGAGCUUUGCUCCAAUUCUCCAAAAUAAAAAUUGCCUUUUUAGUUGUUAUGUCCUAGGUAUUGUACUUCUACUUACGACCUAAACUAUAAUUAUAGUUAAAAUACCAUAACCCAAGCUGCUGUUGAAGUAUUUGUAUAUUAUAAAUUAUCUUGGUAUUUGUGUUAUAUUCUUUCAAGUAAACCACCUUUUCUAAACCACAACUACUACAGCAAAACCCCUCCAUUCUGAUUCAAAGCACACAGGAUAUAAAUACAAUAAUAAAACAUUGUCCUGUAAAUGUAGUAGCAUUAACUUGUUUUACAUUACAUCGGUUGUCUAAAUAGCCUUUAUUUAUAAUCAUCAGUUUAACAUAGGCAUGCUAAAAGAAGAAUUAAACUUCAACAAGUUUUAUAAACUGUUUCUAGGUUGCUAAAGAAUUUAUUUUUCUACUAUAGAUGGUAUAGACAAAAGCAUCAAACUGUACAGAAAAAGCUUAUUUCUAUUGCAAUUAGGCUUAACAUUUUCAGUGUUAUACAUUUGAAGAAUGUUGUCUAACAUAAUGCAAGUUGAGAUUUGUUUUUCAUUUAAAACCAUAUUUUCGUAUGCUAGUGUAAUUGAGUUAUCUUGUCUUAAUACACUAUUUUGUUACCCAUAUAGACCAGUUUGCAGAACGUGUUUCCAAAUCAGUGAUUUGAAACUUAUUCUGAAACUGCUUAUUCUGUCAUUUGUUUAAAUGCUUUUUAGUUGGCCAUCAUGGUCCUCUUGGGCACUUUGAUGGAGCAAUGCAUUAGUAUGUCUACGUUGGCAUAUGCCAUUACCAGACUACAACUUUAGCACCUCAUGCUGCUACAUAAAUCUGAAUCAUCUCCAUUGAUGACAAGCCUACAUUAAGAAAAUAUUUGCACAUGUCACCUACUUGUCAUUCCCUCUGUAAUUUUUACAUUAAAAUUAAAGUGCUAUGGAUGCUAUCUAGGAGCCUCUUAGCAGCAUAUAUUUUUGACUGUUGCUUUUUUUCAGCAUUUUCUUAUACAUAUAUGUGUGUGUACAACACUCUUCACUUCUCUAUUUACAAACAGGAGGGGCUGCUAGGAGGGUAACUGGAUAAAGUGUUCGCAGGUUAAAGGCAUUUCAUAAUCUCCGAGAGUCUUACACAUAUCAUAGUGUUUAAAAAAAGACCUACUCUGAAUUGCUUCAUCAAGCAAUUUUUCUUGUUCAUUUUGUGUAAUGGAGUAUUCCCUUUUAGUAUGUUUUUCUCCCCUGAAAACAUCAAGAGUUGAUAUUGUGAAUCCUGAUAGUUUUACAGUUAUGUGAACAGUGCUUAAUAUUUGUCAUUUUGAAUUCUGCAUCCUUCAUAUGACCUUUGUUAUAUUUUAUGUGGUCUAGAUAUGUACAGCUCUGGGCUGUAGUCCUGGCACAGUUGAGCUUGCAUAAAUCCCAUUGGGUUCAAUGAGACAGAUUGUAGCCACGAUCUUGAGCUUAGUUUCUGGGGAGUUUUUCUAAGCAAUUGCUUAGUAACAAAUAACUGCUGUGUUUUCAAUCCAUGUUUGAACAUUUUAAGAGAGUUUAGUUUCAGACAUAACACAUUAAGUGACAUUUUAUAUGAAAUGAUGUUUUACAAAUUAUUUUUACAUUACAUUCAAACUUUAAGGGUUUUAACAUAGUGUAAAUAGGAAUACAACUUUAAUGAAGAACAAUUUUUCACAGUGUAUUUUUUCUGCAUUACUUGAAUACUGGUUCCUAGAAACUACCAUUGAUUUGUUUAUUUUUGAGGUACUGGAGUUUAGUUUCUAAUCUCUAAAACUGUAAAGAAACAAACUAAUUGGCAUUUUUAAAAAGCCUUAGUUUCCAUUGUGAUUUUGUUUUUUUAUAGUAACUGUGAUACUAUAUCAGCUGAAUAUAUAUAUAAUUUUAAAGUUCUUUAUAAUUCAUGUAAUCUUGUCACCACCUACAGAAUGCUACAGUGAACUAAAUAUCAGUGAAGCUUAUCUGUAUGCAGAAUGCAAUGAAUAAAACAUUAAGAUGCCUACUGUGUAUAA